AUGGAUGUGUCAGAUUUUCCUUUCUACUUCCUUCACAAUAGGGAUCACAGACACGGAAUACAACACUCCUGGAAUAUAUUCAAAGGAUUUAAUAAACACCAAUUCAGAGGAGCUCACUGGAUUCUUAACUCCUUUACAGAAAGGGAUUAUAUAUUCUUCAAAAGGACUCUGAUGGGUUUGACGUUUGAGUUUGGAGUGGUUGCUUGGAAGGCAGAUUACAUGAUGAGGAGGCUGCUGCAGCUGGUUAUAUUUCGUGCUGCCUGGGAAAUGGGGAGCGGCCAGCUCCAUUAUUCUGUGCCGGAGGAAUCCCAGCACGGCACCUUUGUGGGCCGCAUUGCCCAGGAUCUGGGACUGGAGGUGAGUGAGCUGGUGCCUCGGAUGUUCCGGGUGGUUUCCAAAGACCACAAGGAUCAUUUAGAGGUAAAUGUGCAAAAUGGGAUUUUGUUUGUUAAUUCCAGGAUAGACAGGGAAGAGCUGUGUGCCCACAGCCCUGUUUGUACCAUUCACUUGGAGGUGAUUGUGGAUAAGCCUUUGAGAAUCUUCCAUGUUGAGGUAGAGAUCAGGGACAUAAAUGAUAAUGCUCCCAUAUUCUCUGCAAGUGAACAAAUCCUGAGCAUUGCAGAACUGAUAACUGUACCUGGUACCCAAUUCCCAUUAGAAGGAGCCUCCGAUUCAGACAUUGGAACAAAUGCUCAGCUGACUUACAGGCUCAGUUCCAACGAAUACUUCACAAUAGAACAGAAGACAGAUGAACACAACAUAGCUUUAGCAAUUGUUUUAAAGAAACCGUUGGACAGGGAGACGACCUCUGUGCAUCAAUUAUUAGUCACAGCCACUGAUGGAGGCCUACCACAGCUCACUGGCACACUCCAGCUGGUGAUCAAUGUCCUGGAUGCAAAUGAUAAUCCCCCUGUUUUUAACCAGUCAGUUUACAGGGUAAAGUUGCUGGAAAAUGCCACUGUUGGAACUCUGAUUAUUAAACUCAAUGCUACUGAUUUAGAUGAAGGAAUUAAUAAGCAGAUCUCUUAUUCAUUUAGUAACUAUGUUCCACCAAAUUUCCGAAAUUUUUUUAGCAUAAACUCCAACACAGGAGAAGUAAAAGUGAAUAGAAAUGUGGAUUUUGAAGACAUAAAUGUAUUUGAUCUACAGAUUGUGGCUGAAGAUAAAGGCAAUCUUCCAUUGUCUGGGCAUUGCAAAGUGAUCAUUGAGGUUCUGGAUGUGAAUGACAAUGCUCCAGCGGUGUCAGUUUCAUCCCUUUCUGUGCCGGUUCCAGAGGACGCCCCUCUUGGGACAGUGGUGGCCUUGAUCAGUGUCUCAGAUAGAGACUCAGGAGACAAUGGGAAAAUUGUUUGCUCCUUGUGGCCCUCCCAGUUCCCAUUCAAGCUGAUGUCCACCUUCAAGAAUUAUCACUCACUGGUACUUUCUGAGCCCUUAGAUCGUGAACAGGUAGCUGAAUAUAGGUUGAUAGUGAUGGUCCAAGAUGAAGGGGAUCCCCCGCUGUCAGCCAGCAGCAGCCUGGUGGUGCCAAUCAGUGACGUGAACGACAACGCACCCACUUUUGCGCAGCCCUCCUACACAGUCUUUGUGAAAGAGAACAAUCCUCCUGGCGCUCACAUCUUCACAGUGUCUGCCUCAGACCCAGAUGUUGCCGAGAAUGCCUUGGUCAGCUACUGGCUGGAUGAGAAGCUCUGGCCGCUGUCGAGCUACAUCUCGGUACACUCGGAGAGCGGGAAGCUGUACGCCCUGCAGCCCUUGGAUUACGAGGAGCUGAAGCUGCUAGAGUUCCAGGUGAGGGCCAAUGAUGCGGGGCUGCCCUCCUUGUGUGGCAACGUGACUGUGCAAGUGUUUGUGGUGGAUGAGAAUGACAACGCACCGGCAGUGUCUGGGCCAGACCAGGAUACCGUGACUCUGGUGAAGGUCCCAGUGGCAGCUGGACAUGUGGUGGGCAAGAUCCAUGCCCUGGACGCUGAUUCGGGCUACAAUGCCUGGCUGCGCUAUGAGUUGCAUGAUGCAGCCAGCGGCCCAUGGCGGGUGGGGCUUUACAGUGGAGAGGUCAGCACCACACGUGCUCUGGAGGAGGCAGAGGGCGGCAACAGUCAGAGUCUGCUGGUGCUUGUGAAGGAUCACGGCAAGCCGGUACUGUCAACCUCAGCCACCUUCAGCGUUUCACUGGUGGCCAGUGCCCAGGCUGCCCAGAGUGAUGCCCACCUCUCUGGGUUGGGAAGGAAUACAAAGCCCCUGGCAGACAACGCCAACCUCUACCUGAUCAUCGCCAUCUGCUCUGUUUCCAGCUUGUUCCUGCUGGUCAUCCUUGUGUACGUGGCGCUGCGAUGCCAGAGUCAGGCCAAGGAGGCCAUGAUGUACGGUCCUGGCACAGCCACGCUGGUGUGUGCCAGCGAAGUGGGCAGCUGGUCAUAUUCCAACCGCCACAGCCACAUCCUGGCAGGGGUGAGUGGGGAAGCUGGUGUCAAGAGCGACCUCAUGGUUUUCAGCCCCAAUGUUCCUGCUUCUGCUGAGAAUGGGAAACAGCAAGACUUGCUUUGUGCAACGGUUAGUAAUUGA